GGGGGGGGGAGGAGAGGAAGAUCUGGUGUGUCAGGACAUCUGCUUGCAGCAGACGAUGUCUGUUGUUGCAGCAGAGGCAUGCAUGACAGCAGGUCCGAAUCGUGUUAUCUCACCACCAUCAUGGUGUUGCUGACCAUGUGCAGUGUGCACAGUAGACCUGGGAACAUGAGGGGAGAAAAUUCUGGUGUGUUAGAGAUGUCUACACCCAGCUGACGGUGUGUGUCGUUGCAGUAGAGACGUGCUUGAGAAUAAUUGAUAGUCCAUGUUGACGCAUCAUCAUGGUGUCAUCGAGUGUGCAUACUGCGGAGAGGACACUGAGGCAUUGACAUGCGCAGAGGGAGUAAGCGGAGAAAGAAGUAUCCAUGAUCCUGCGGAGUUCCGGAGAGAGAUUGGCUGUGUGCGCAUUCUGCCUGAGUGGCAUUCACCAGUCUGAGGUUGGCAUCUGCUAGAGAGAGAUAUGCCCGCCAGCCAAUCAUACAUACUUAGUACUUACCUUUUUGGUCUUCAAAUUCAGUAAUUACCAAUUAUUACUGAUGACUACAGUGAUUAGUCAGUAGAAUCCUUGCAUAUCCAAUUACUGCCAAGGGAGCUUUUCCAUCCUUCGAUGGCUCUUCCAGUGUUCCUUACUACUCCUUCAAGUCAAGUCUGUACCAGCUUCUUUCACACACCAGAUGGUAUCAUCCCAGGUUCUGUGGCAGACAUGGUCUGUACCAGGUGUGCACCAAGUCUACAUCAGGUCUACUUCAGGUCUACUUCAGGUCUGUACCGGGCUUCUCCACUUGCCAUGCAGGGCUAUGUCUGGUCUGCAUGACUACGUUUGUGUGUUCCAGCGGCACCAGGCGGCCGUACACUGCAUCUGUUCUGUACCAGCUUCUUCAUCCAGCUGCCCUCCAGGUCCACUCCAUGUCAGCAGCUGUACCGGUGGCCUGCUGUAGCAAUGCAUCAGUUGCGAUCAGCUGCCUGCAAGGUCCUCUCCCUGUGCUGAGAUGCACCAGCUGCCUGCGAUAGCAGCUGUGCCAGGUCUAUAGCAGCAGCACCGAUCGCAUGGCAUGCUGCUGCCAUAUACCACGUGUAUAUCAGCUUUUGUGUGUGCCAGCCAGGUCUGCUUCAGUCUGUACCGAUGUCUUCCAGGUACACCAGGUUGCUACGUUAUGCGAGAGUUGUGUACCAGCUUCAUCCAUGUGCCUGGUCCUCCAAUGUGCUGUCCUGUGAUGCACCAUCUGUCACUCGGUUUCCGUCCACAGUCCCAGGUCUAUACGGUCACAUAGUACCGUACCGUCCUGUGAUGUACUCGCUGGAUUACUUUCUGAUGCCGGCAACAGGUCCCUCUCCACGCACUCUAUGACUAAAACAUUGCUACCUACUCAACCCCAAUAUCACAGUCAUGCGGACUCCUGCCUACUCAAUGGCAUUGCUACUACGACUGUAGACUUCUUUGUAAACAGGUAAUCUGCACAGCCCGACCUGGAAGAGUACUUGGUACUCUGUUGUUAAGCACUCUGGGAGUUGUGGAUGACAGACAGAAGCUGGCCAAGCAGCAGGAGCACACCCUGUCCUUAGAUGCCCUGUGCGGACUGGAGAGUGGACAUGAUGCAUGAGAUUGCCGAUUGGGGGACAUGAUGCAUGAGAUUGCGGAUUGGGGGGUAGUCGGAAAGAGGCAUUAACAGUUGGAUUUGCUAAGGUAUGGCAAAGACAUUAGCAUGGAGUGGUGUGAGAAGAGGGAGCUACAAGGAGAUAGGAAAGACGAGCGAGAAGGUUUUCUUUUUUCUUUUUCUGUGAGACAAAAGAUAUUAUUGCUAGGCAUACACGUACACAGAACUUAGAAAUGAAAAGUAACUAAAGAACACUUAGCGACGGUUGUUCACCGGAGGUCGAAAUAUUUUAGAACUUGUACUCACCAGAGGGUAAGGAGAGGUAGAUUGUUUAGAAUAGAGAAGGAAGGAGAGUAUCAGUUCCUGCUAUUAUUUUCGAAGUUCCAAGUUCAAACAGUAAUGUGCUGAUGACC